CCGAUUCCGCGACCCACCGAUGUGGCAGGGCUCGUCCCAGGGUGACACGCGCGGUUCUUAACAGAUCGUUUGUUAGUUCGCGGCGAAGGAACCGAAUCCGAAAGGGAAGCUUACGUCGAGAGAAAGCAGCGCGAGUGAGAGAGUGAGUCAGGUGCGAAGGGGAGGUGUGCGUGCAGAAGCAAGGACACCCGCAAGGAACCCUCCGAGCAUCGCGCGGCGAAUGGAGAGACGGUGGUGAGGCGACUGUAACAGGCACGGAAGACGCGGCUCUCCUCCUCCCGGUUUCCGCUUCGAAUCGCACGAGGUCCAUCGUUGUUCGUCUUCCGUCGUUCAGGUAGCCGAGGAUUACCGUCGCGAAACAUGUCAGGGAACUAUUCGGCUCGCUGCGAACCCGGUCUGGUGGUGCCGAUGUGGCACCCCGAAGAGAACCUCUAUCUCUCGGACGUGAUCUUCCGCGGGAUCGUUUACUUCCUGCUGUUGCUCUAUCUGUUCAUCGGCGUGUCGAUAAUCAGCGAUCGCUUCAUGGCGGCGAUCGAGGUGAUCACGUCGAAAGAGAAGGAGCUGGUGGUGCGUCGUCCGGGCAAGGAGCCGCAGAUCGUGGUGGUGCGAGUGUGGAACGAGACGGUGGCGAACUUGACGCUGAUGGCGUUGGGCAGCAGCGCGCCCGAGAUACUGCUGUCUAUCAUCGAGAUCUGGGCGAAGAACUUCCAAGCCGGCGAGCUGGGACCCGGCACGAUCGUCGGCUCCGCCGCGUACAAUCUGUUCGUCAUCAUCUCGUUGUGCGUGUUCGUGAUACCGAACGGCGAAACGAGGAAGAUCAAGCACCUGAGAGUGUUCUUCGUCACCGCCACGUGGAGCAUCUUCGCCUACGUCUGGCUGUACGUGAUCCUGGCGGUAUCCAGUCCGGGUGUUCUCGAAGUUUGGGAAGGUAUCCUGACCUUUUCCUUCUUCCCGGCUACCGUGCUCACUGCCUACGUGGCCGAUCGUCGUCUUCUGAUCUACAAGUAUCUGCACAAGGGCUACCGGAUGAACAAGAGAGGCGUGAUCGUGCAGGCCGAGGCUGGCGACUCGGACGGCGGGGUGGAGCUGGAGAUCAAGCCGCAGCAGGACAGUUUCAACAGCAUGAUGGACGCGGAUACGCCCGAGGCCAAGGAGUUCGAGCAGACCAGACGAGAUUACAUCAACACUUUGAGAGAAUUGAGAAAGAAGCAUCCGACCUUGCCCCUCGAACAACUGGAAGUGAUGGCGCACGAGGAGGUGUUGGGGAAAGGGCCGAAGAGCAGGGCCUUCUACAGGGUCCAAGCUACCAGAAAGAUGGUGGGUGCCGGGAAUCUCAGCAAGAAGAUCAGCGAAAGGGCGCAGAGCGACCUCAGCGAGGUCAAGGCCGAACUGCAGAGACAGGAAGCGGAGAGCAUCGACAUCGAGAACGUGAACGCGAUGAGGAUUUACUUCGAGCCUGGUCACUACACGGUGAUGGAGAACGUCGGUACGUUCGAGGUGGGAGUGACCAGGGUUGGCGGUGACCUCGGCAAACCUUGCACCGUUGAUUAUUGCACCGAGGAUGGCUCCGCCGAGGCUGGCUCCGAUUACAUCAGCGCGAAGGGCACUCUGACCUUCGACCCAGGGGAAACCAAGAAGACCAUCAAGCUGUCCGUGAUCGAUGACGAACUGUUCGAGGAAGACGAACAUUUCUACGUCAGGUUAAGCAACGCGUCGCAACCGGCGAUGCUGGUGUCACCCAGUUUGGCGACGGUGAUGAUCCUAGACGACGAUCACAGUGGCGUGUUCGGCUUCCCCGAGAGGGACAUCGAAUUGGUGGAAAGCGUGGGACAGUAUCCGUUGAGAGUGGUGAGAUACAGCGGCGCCAGGGGUCGAGUCGUUGUUCCUUAUCGCACCAUCGAGGGAACAGCAAAGCCUGGCAAACAAUACUUGCACACCGAAGGCACGCUCACCUUCGAGGACAAUCAGACCGAAAAAGUGAUCAAUCUGUCGAUAAUCGAGGAGGACUCGUACGAGAAGGACGCUUUGUUCUACGUCGAGUUAGGUGAACCACAACUGCAAGGAGCUGAAGCAGGGAUCGCAGUCGCAGCGGAAAUGAAGCAGCCGGAAGAGAGGACGGCUGAAGAGAAGAUGGCGUUACUGGGUAAACCGAAGUUGGGCGAAGUGUCCAGAGCACAGAUAAGGAUCAAAGAGUCAAAAGAGUUCAAGAACACGGUAGACAAGCUGGUUCAAAGGGCCAACGCCUCUAUAUUACUCGGAACCAGUUCCUGGAAAGAACAAUUUACGGAAGCGUUGACGGUGAGCGGCGGCGACGAGGACGAAGGCGAAGGAGCAGCCGAAGCAGCCGCGCCAUCCACAAUGGACUAUCUUAUGCAUUCGGUCACGAUAUUCUGGAAGGUGCUGUUCGCGUUCGUGCCACCGACAGAUAUCGCCGGUGGUUAUCUGUGCUUUGUCGUCAGCAUAUGCGGUAUCGGCGUAGUGACGGCAGUUAUCGGGGACGUCGCAUCCUACUUUGGGUGUACAUUGGGAAUCAAGGAUUCCGUCACGGCGGUGGCUUUCGUCGCGCUUGGAACCAGCAUACCCGACACGUUCGCGAGCAAGGUGGCCGCCUGCCAGGACAAGUACGCCGACGCGAGUGUGGGGAACGUGACCGGAAGUAACGCGGUGAACGUCUUCCUGGGGAUCGGCAUCGCGUGGAGCAUCGCUGCCGUUUACCAUGCCUGCCACGGUGAAUUCUUUCUAGUGGAACCCGGCAACUUGGCUUUUUCCGUGACGUUAUUCUGCACGGAAGCGUGUCUGGUGAUCCUGGUUUUGCUGCUGAGGCGGACAAAGAGCAUUGGCGGCGAACUCGGCGGCCCUUUCGUACCGAAGCUCAUCACAUCCGCGAUCCUUUUUUUCCUAUGGGUGUUCUACCUCGUAAUGUCGACCCUCGAGGCCUACGGCGUUAUCGAGGGCUUCUAAGGAGCCCGUUCGACGCCACACGUCGGCCUACCUGCUGCGUCUAUCUUAAACUCUUACGUCCGCCAAGGCGUAUGCUCAACGAAACGUUCUCUCGGACAAAAAAGAGGAAGGGUGGAAUCGAAGGGGUGCGAUUUCGCUGGCGAACAAACUCUCUGAACUCUGUGCCGGAUCACCUACUGGUAGCUUUCACCCUCCCGCCUGAGGACGAUUAACAACGAACGUGAUCGCGUGAUGAUUGUCGAAUGCCUGCGUGUGCGUAUGUACCUGAGAGAGAGAGAGGGAGAGAAAGAAAGAGAGAGCAUGGGUAUGCCUGAAAUCGAGCGAUUUAAUCGAAAUUUAAAAACAAGCAUGAGAGAUGACAGAGAGAUAGAGAGGAUGAACGAGUUAGCGAGUUUGCCUUAAAAUUAAUGUUUAAAAACAGAUGAAACAUAACGAAAGGACGUAGGUAAAAGGGAAACCCGUUUCUAGUCUCGAGCCUUGGCUCGUAUGUUCACAAUUGUUAUCGAAAAGAGUAUAUUAUACAGAGUGCAGUCGUAAUCGUGAUUCGGUCGCGAAAAGGGUGAUUCUUCGCACGAAAAUAUAGAAAAAAAUAUCUAUGAGUCGUAUCGUUUUAAUAUGGGUCUUACCUUGUGGGACCCAAUCACAUAUUACACUGCGCUUGUUAUCCUAAGACCGAAAGCGUUAAGUUUAAAUAAAGAGCCCUUCUCUCCAAUAAUCUUGACAAGUGGAACUAUCCUCGCGUUUUAUUUUUUCAACGAAGAAUCGCCCGGCUUGCGAUCGGGAGACGAUUGCCGCCGGCCUCUGUAUAUGCACAUAUGCAUACAUAACACAGACAUAUACACAUACACGUACUAAAUAGCGUAUUUAUUAAACCGUUUAAGGAACACAGGUUUCUAUGGUAUUUUAAUAGCGAAUUGUAUUGCCAUUCCUUCUUCGCCAGAGAACGAUGUCGCUAAUUUUAUAUAAACGUAUAUUAUCGUACGAUACACCUUUCAGCACUCCUCGAUACCAAUGCAGUAUUGCUUUUUUAAGUGAUAUAAUCUCGUUUUAAGAAUUCAGCAUUCGAUUCGUUUCUGAAUUCUUAGAGAAGAGAAGGAAAAACGAAUAAAAUCAAUUAGGGAGGCAAAAUCGCAUUGUACAGGUCGAAGCGAAAGUGAGAUGUGCGCAUGCGCGGGCGGAAUCUCGAAGGGUAUAAGUAGAGGAUUCCUCCCACGCGCUUCAGUUGCGGCGUGGGUCCUACUGCGUACGCGUAGGUCCCAGCUCUGUUUCGUUAUCCAUAUAUCAAUUAUUGAUCCACGUUCUUUUUACAUUUCGUAACAACCAGUUGAAGAUUCGAUAACUAAAAUUCCUAAAAGCAAGCCUUCUGCCUCCACUUUCGCUUAGCAACACUGCGAACAUCUACACGACCUUAAAGCUACGUUUUCGUUAACGCAGUAACUUGUAACCAUCCUGGCUAGUUAUAUACUAGCGUUACAAAUUACCGUAGGAACGUAAACGUGACUCAAAAGAAUAACGAGGAUGUGUUGAAACGAGGAAUUGCCAUUUAAAAAGGUGGACACCUUGUCACCUACAGAAACAGUACACCUAUUCCUGGAUUCACGUAGUCAGAGAAAUUUCGCCAAAACACAGGCUUCUGCGAUGUUUUUCUUUUUGUACUACCCAUAUCCGAUUUACGUGGUAGGAAGCGUAGUUGACGUGAAUCAGGGAAUCGGGUGUACAUCGAAAGAGGUCGCGAGAUCGAAACGAUUUGCAUCGCAAAGACGUCGAUCCGCAACCUUCGAAGAAAAAUACUAUUAUAGAUGCAUAAAUCGACGAUGUACGCGGCUAACAGCGAGGCAAUGUACAGUGGAAGCGCGAAUUUCUCGUAGAAUCUUUCGUUUCUCUCCCGAAGAGGAAGAAACUCUCUUCAAAGGAUAAACCGUUCGGGAACUGGAAGAACCCUUCAGAAGUUGCAGAAAUUACUUUCGAACAAACGUUUCCCCCAGAGGUACACGACGUACUUAUCGAUCUACUUAAGCCUCCAAAGGAUCCACCAUUUGCAUACGUUUCGAUGGACGAGCCAAGAUAUCGCGCGAUCUCGAUAAUAAGCCCGCUGGCCGCGAAAUCGAUCGGAUUCGUUAUCCGACGCGGUGAAACGCGUUUGUUAUUUGUUAAGGAUAAGUAGGUAGGCACGAUUGAACGUAAUCAAACCGAUUGCUCGAACGUCGAUGUUCUCGUUGGUACUCACUGCCUUUGAUCGAGGCUCGCUCGCGUCAAGUAAAAUUAAGUAGAAUAGGUCGAGCAAGAUCUCAAUUCGGACCUGGGCACUCUUAGACCCACGGACUCGAUGAGUUGCCCUGGUCGGUUUUAGACAAACGAUGUACAGGAUGAUUCAUACGACUGUGACGAAUUAUUGCAACCGUUUCCUUAAACAAUUAAAAAAACCGGAAAUUUUUUUUACUUUUACAAAAUAAUUUGCGAGUUCCAGUAUCGGAUCAAAGUUUGAAAUUAAAUCGUGAAAAUAAAUUGUGCAUGCGAGACGCUUAAAAUACGUGUUGUAUUAUUGACAGAUAGAAGUUCGUCUCCGUGGUAUGAAUGACCCUGUAGAGGGUCGAUAAAACAGUUUCAUACUGUUCGAUUCGAAACGCGCUGGUAGCCUGCUGGAACGAACGGUUAAUUAAAUUCGACGCGAUAGGAACAAUUACCGAGCUAACUUUUUAAUUUUCCUUUCUGUUUGUAAAUCGCGUUCGAAGUUCGUUAAAACAUUAUCAUAUUAUCGAACGCUAAUCACGGUAACUUAUUAAACGUUCUCAGUGAGAACAACGCUGUUCGAUCGAUUUCAGCGAAAUGUUACGAGAGAGAACAGCCCAAGUGGCUGUAAUUAGUUGAUUAAAAACAAAGAUUUAAUCGAUGCUGCAAAGGUUGUAACUAAUUCAAAAAUGAAGUGAUGCUUCAUGCCGUUAGAUCCCGAGGGGGAAUUUUUCAGUGAAUCUUACGAUAGGAAUUUCGAUGGAUUUGAAAAAUUGAUACUAGCAGAGAGAAAUCUGGUGGGGUCUGAAAAACACGAUAAGAAUCAUCGUCGAUGAACGACGUUGUCGCGAUGCCAGCCAAAGAUCACAGAUACGGUUAGGAACUCCAUUAUCCGAAUUAAUAAACGCGAAGAAAUUUCAAUAAACUCUCCAUGAUUUAUAUUUUCUGGAUCUAAAUUUUUACGUUGGUUCGUUUAGUAAUUACAGUAGACUGUCGUUAUGGAAAUUCAGAUUAUCGUUAAUUACGGUGGCGAGGAAAGGGGAGAGUAAUUAAGUCCUUGCAGAGGAGGACUCGAAACGGCGAUAUAACGAGAGUCUACUGUAGUAAACUAGGUUAUGUUCAUCGCAGUAAACUCCGCUGUAUCACUUGUGCAAUCAAACGCUAUAUGCGCCAUUUUCCAACUACGAAGGCAAUCAAUCUUAAGCCUCGAAACGUGCAAAUUUGUCAUAAACUACGAAGACAAUCUCUCUACCUAUUCGACAAACAUUCGGAUACUGGAAAUUCUACCGUACAUGUAUGUAUAAAGAAA